AUGCGGCGCGAGACGGAGGAGAGCUCCUUCCAGCAGCGGUCGCUGGAAGGGGACGGUGACGCCGCGGCGGGAGUCCUGCCGCUGCUUUCCAAGACGCCGGACGUCGGCCCCAUCCCGGAGUCACCGACCUUCGUGUUGCCCAAGCUGAGCCGGCGAAACCACUUUGCAGCGGCCAGCGACGAUGAGGAGGAUGAUGGCUACAAGAGCUCUGACGAGGCGACGCUACGCGACGAUCACACGGGUGGGGUUGUUAAUGUCAGUCUUAGUUGUAGUAGUGUCAUCAACACCGUGUUUGCUGAGCCCCUGCAGAGAGGUGCGUCGGGCGCCAACCAUGACGACGGUGGCGGUGGCGAAGCGCGGCCGCCGCAGAGUGAGAACAGUACCUGCGUAGAUGCAAGAAAGCGGUGGUCAGGCAGCUUGCGGGCAACGCACCUCUUAGGCGAUGACGACGAUUACUACGACUACGUUAGUGCGGAGGCGGCAACCCGCGGCAGGAUAAACGCGGUGCGGACCGACACUGACAGUGUCACGACGACGACGGCAUUUGCCCGGGACGAGACGAUUUCGGCUGGCGAAACACAGAGGCACCCGGAGCAUGGGCCUGAGGACAGCAGCACGAAGGAGUUAUCGUCAUCGCGGGAGGGCCUAGUGGGCAGCGGCCUGUGCGCCGACCUUCACCCGCUUCCCAAGUACAACAGUGAUGGCUUCGUUGAGCCCUCGGGGCGGUCGCCGCAGAAGCAGCAGCAGUUUAAGAAAAUUAGGAAAAAUUGGGCUCGUCUUUUUCAGCCGGAAGCUUCUGGGAGGGAAGCCGGAGGAGGUGGUGAGGUACGUCGCCGGCGCGUCGUGAAUGCGCGUCCGACGACGGCGUCUGGCGUGUUGGGGGCCGGUGGGACCGGGGCGACGACGGUGCGGGUUGAUAACGUCCUGGAGCCAGUUAUCAACAUCGCAGGGUCUGUCGGCGGCCACCAUCUGGCCAUCGUGGAGGGUGGGGUGUUUAUGAAGGAGUCAUGCUCGAAGCGCGAGGAACGCUUCUACGAGAUGUUGAAGCCCGUUCAGGAAUACGUCUGGCGCCAUCGAGAGCUGCUAGACGCGUACUACUACAGUACAUCCUCCUCCUCCUCCGCCUCCGCCUCCACCUCCACCUCCACCUCCUCCGCCUCCUCCGCCUCCUCCGCUUCGGACGGCAGCAGUGAGGUUGCGGAGGUCGGUGGGGGCGAUCAGCGCGGUGACAGCGGGGAAGGCGACGGCAGCCAAAGUUUGGAGCAGAAGGCCUCCGUCCCGGUGCACUGGGACAUGUGGUGGUGGUGCCGGCGCCGCGGCUCCCUUUCCACGGCGCGCAGUGGACGCGGCAUGCGGGCCGGUGGUGGUGGCGUGAGCGGCGCCUUUGGCAUCGGGGGUGAGGGCCCGCGGGGCACGAACACGGCAGCGGCAGUGCGCGGGGGGCGACAUUGGGAUGUGCUUGUCCCACUCGUCCCAUUUACUCCGCGGUACCUCGGCCGUCGCUGCGUGUGGCUUGAGGGCGAUCCGUGUAGGAGCAAAGGCGGGGAGCCUGCCUUCCCCCCCGCCACCGAGCAGGGUGAGGGCAAAUUUGCCACCAGUCAGGCCGAGGCAACGGCAACAGCAACGUCAACGGCAAUGGCAAGCGAAAAUGAAAAGAAGCUUCGGCAGAUGAUAGUGCUGGAGGAUUUGUGCAACGGCUUUGUCCGCCCCUGCAUUCUUGACAUAAAGAUGGGGAGUCGCCAGUACGGGAUGAAUCCGCCCGAGGCGAAGCUGCACAGCAAGGUGCGCAAGGCAGCGUUGUCGACCUCGAUGCAGCACGGGGUGCGGCUGGCGGGGAUGAAGCAGUGGUGUCCCGAUACGCAGCAGUACGAGACACAGUCAAAGAUGGCGGGGCGAAAGAUGACGCUAGAGGAGCUGCGAGAGACGAUCUUGCGUUUCAUGCAAUAUAGCAAACGCCUCCGGCACAACUUUUGCAAGCAGCUGCGGCGGCUGCGGUUGGCUUUCAUGCAACAAGACGUCUUUCGCUUCUUCACCUCUUCGCUGCUGUUUGUGUACGACGCCGACCGGCCGCUGCUCUCCUCGCGGAUCGUGAUGGUGGAUUUUGCCUUCACGUACGAGCGGGAGGAGCUGCAGCGCGGCGGCGACCCCGAGGCUGCGUACGAGCGGGACGAUGGGUAUAUCAAGGCCCUUGACACGCUGCUUGACAUACUCGCCUGA